CCGGAAGUCUUUGUAAGUCAGCUGACCCGUGCAGACUACUGACAGUCUCAAACGUAGGAAGAAGUUUGGGGAAAUUAAGUUUUAACUCUGUAAAUAACAUACAGUUGCUUUUGGUCGUACUGUACUGAGAAUAAGUUCGAAAAUGCCUUCUUUUAUCCUCUGUGGGCCGAAAAUGGCAGUAUGUAUGCUGGUGCUGAGCAUGUGGGGAGUCAUAAUGCUGGCAAUGCUGGGGAUUUUCUUCAGUGUUCAUUCGGCUGUGCUGAUCGAGGAUGUGCCUUUAAAGGAGGAAGACCAUCAAGACUCUCAGAACCCACUUCAGAACGUUUAUGCUGUCUACAACCAAGUUGGCUACAACUGCUUCAUCGCUGCAGGAAUCUAUGUGGUGAUUGGAUUAGUGUCUUUCGUUCAGGUCCGACUGAAUAAACGCAACGAUUAUCUUGUGCGUUAGCACCAUCUGGUGGGUGGAAAAAUCUGACUCCUUGAAAGUGAUCUUACUGUAUUUCCUAUCUUGGUUUCAUCUACAGAUGUUUUGGUAUUACAAAAGGAAAUUGCUUUUGGUAUUUACGUUGUAAUCAGACCCGAAAUGUUGCGCUUUCACUGUGCCUUUUUUCUUGUAAAGCAUUCUCAGGUUUAGAUCUUUAACAAAAAAAUGUCUCAGUGUGGGAUUGAUAUUUAUGGAAGGAGGAUUGUUGUAUUUACUUAAUAUUGUGCCUUACUGCCCUCUACACAUUUUCUCGCCAUGUUUACUUUAGUCCAAAUGCUUUAAAAUUUUUAGGAAUAAAAAAUGUGCCACUGUUUGGUUGAUGGUGAAUUGAAUUUAAAAUUGCAUACGAUACUAUCACAUUUGAAUAAUAUUUAUUUAUACAUAAAUACAAAGUAGAAAUUACCAUUGUCCAUGUGAAUUUCAUUUUGUAUAAACUCAACAGUCUGUUAUCUUAUUUGUAACACUUUGUUAAUUACAGAAAUAAAUAUGUAGUUUCUGUAGUUUCUAAUCUCUAUCUUUUCUUGGUCGUUACAUGCAUUACAGUUUCCAGUUUAUUGAUUCUAAUUGUAAAAUCAGUGCAAGAUAAGAACAACAUGUCUGAAGCACACAGAUUUACAACAAUGUAUAUUCUCGUUUCAAACAAAAUGUCUAUAUAUUUAAGGCAGCUUUCUAUACUUGUCUUAAUCAAAAAUUGCAGAAUUUUCCCUCAAGUCUCUCUAUAUAUCAGCGGUCACCAAUACUCUUCCUUGAGAUCUACUUUCCUGCAGGUUUCAUCUCCAACCAAAAUCUAACACACCUGUUUUAUUUGAUCAGGAACUUCUUAAGGCAAUGAUUAGAUGGUCAUGUGGGCAUUGUGG